AUGAGUAGCUUUAAGAAGGGUUUGAAAUUAAACAUAAAAGAAGAUGGAGAAUUAAUCAGCUGUGCUGAAAGAUUAGUGCAAUUCCCUCCUACACCUCCAUCAGCCCUCAUAGGAGGCUACGAAGAUCGUUGUGCUGGACUAUUCCAAUUUCUUUACCUCCCAAUUGUUGCUUCUUCCACACUUGAUCAAAUGAAGUUUAUUGCUGCAACUAGUUUUCAAAUAAUCCCUGCUGAUACCCAAUAUCAUACAGAAGUGCAACUUAAUUUCCAGAAAAGAAGGGGCCAUGGAAUCUUUUCUUUGUUACAUCCAAGGUUCAGCGGUGUGUUAGGCGAAGGUCUAGACUUGGCUGCUAGAUGGAGCAGGGAUGUGAUAACUGUUGAGAAGGUUGUUUUGGAACAAAGCAAUAGCCGGUAUGAGCUUCAAGGCGAAUAUGUGUUGCCCGGGUCACGGGCUGGAAAAGAAACAGGAAAAGGGAACUUACUAAGAAGAGCAAUGACUGGUCAUUUAGGGAGUGUGAUAUCUUCUAUGGGUCGCUAG